CGAGCCUCAAACCCCUCCGGAGGAAACACGAGCCCGAGGUAAAGGUUCCGCUUCCGCCCAGCUGUGAGCCGCUGCUGCCCCCUGCAGGCGGACCCGAAACUCUGCAGCACCUCAUUCAUCACUCACAUGUUUAAAGUGACAACAGAGCUCUGACAGAAGACACGCCCACUGGCUAUAAGCCCUGCCCCCACAGUGAUGCCAUCACUUGGCCCAGCAGCAGCAGCAGCUCAGACUGAGAGAGACUGAGGAACCCAACCCACUAGAAGAAGAAGAAGAAGAUGGCCGACUCGACCAGCAGCAGCUGCUCAGACUCUUCAUCAUCAUCCAACUCCUCCUCUUCCUCACUCAGAGACCUCUCACACUCAGCCUUACAGCUGACUCAAUGGAAAGACCCGAGGAAAUCGGCGGUGGCGUUCGGCUUGUCGAUGCUGGUUCUUGUCUCCUUGGCAACGCUUUCUGUCAUCAGCGUGGUGUCCUACAUGCUGCUGACUCUACUCUGUGUCACCAUCACUUUCAGGGUUUAUAAAUCAGUGAUCCAUGCUGUCCAGAAAUCAGACGAAGGUCAUCCAUUCAGGUCCCUGUUGGAAAGGGACAUCUCGGUGUCCUCGGAGGUGGUCCGGCAGCUGGCUGAUCAGUCUCUGAUCUACCUGAACUGGUUCAGCAGUCAGACCAGGAGGCUGCUGCUGGUUGAAGACCUGGUGGACUCUCUGAAGCUGGCUGCGGUCAUGUGGAUGAUGACGUACGUCGGAGCCAUCUUUAACGGGGUCACCAUCCUCAUCAUCGCUGACAUUGUGUUCUUCACCACGCCGCUGAUCUACCAGAAGAAAAAGACGCAGAUUGAUCAGCUGAUCGAGCUGAUUGGCUCCAGAGUGGAGGCGACGCUGCACAGGCUGCAGGACCGCUUACCUGGAGCUGUGAAAAGAACCAAACCUGAGUGACACCUGACCUGCACCCCUCCUCCUCUGAUUGGUCUGUUUGUCAGUGACUCACCUGCUGAAUUAAUUCAUGUAAUAAAAUCCUGACUGAAAUGA